UAGAUUGUAACACAUUAUACCUUUCUCUGGCGCCACCCAAAUAAAAUGACUACUGCAUAAUAUUAUUCUGGAAUAUUUGCUUAGUAGGCAGUAAAUUGAUCUUGCUGUUUGGAUACCCCUUCCAAAGGAAAAUUAUCUUUGACCUUUCAAGCUCUUAUGUACCAGGCAGGAAGUUAGUUGCGCAAUGAGUCAAGGACAGAAGCGGUUGAAAACCAAGCAAUAUCUGACUUGUUCUCCGAUGUGCUAUCUGACGUGAGCUAUUUGACAUUCCUUCUGAGAUGUGUAGUGAUAGUGAUUUGACAGUGGCAGUGGCAGAGGACAACAAACCAUUGUGGCUACAGACAAUAUAAAUGAAAGUAGCGCGGACGAUAGUGCAGUGUAUUGUAGUACAAUGAGAAGAAGGAAGUAGCCUGAACCUGAUCCAAUGCCUAGGACAAAGAAAGUGCUACUAAAUGGAUUGCAGUCAAAAGGUGAAAAGCAGAAGGAAAAGUUGGAGGAAACGAAAAAACGGCAAAGACUCCUAGAAGCUCAAAAGGCAAGGGAUAGGAGAGCCAAUCAAACUCCAGAAGAGAUAGCAGCUCGUCGAAUGCGAGAUGCGCAGCGAGCUCGAGAACGUAGAGCUCGUUUAACACCUGAACAGAUUGCUCAGCAAAGGCAUAGAGAUGCUGUUUUGAAACGAGAGAGAAGAGCAAAAGAGUCAGAGGCAGAAAAGGCAAUACGCAGGUCCCUGGAAGCACAGAAGGCAAGGGAGCGGAGGGCAAAGAUGUUGUGCAAGAAGAAAAGUUUCACCAGCAUCUGCGCUUCUGCAGCAUCAAGGAUGGGUCUUUCCCAUUUUAUGGAUUUGGCAGAGCGGACUGACUUGAGGUGUGACCAAAAUGUUAAUGACCCUCUUAGCGUUUCUGCAGGUGGCACUGGGUUGGGCACAGAAUGGAUAAAACAAGAAAUGGAUGAAGAAUUUACAGAUUUUUGUGAGUCAGCCUUCACAAAUAUUCCAGUGAAAAUUGAACUCCGAGAAGAUUUGCCAGUGACAUGUGAGGGUGAGCCAAGGUUUCCUUAUGAUUGUGUUGCUACUAGUGAAGAGAAAAAAUCUGAACAAAGAGGGAGCUGUGAUAUAGUGAGUAGUAAUAAAACUAAUGUUGACAGUGUGCGUGUUGGUAUCCGUUACGAACUCCAGCAUGGCAAGUACAGAGGCAAGGACUGUGAAGGACCUCAGCAGAAUGAAAGAAGUGUGAACGAAAUGACUUAUAAUGUCAAAGUCCGACCAAAAACACGUCCUCACCAGUGUGAUGUUUGUGGAAAAACAUUAAGUUCUAAAGGUAACAUGCGUCUACAUAAAAUAAAACGGCAUGACUUGAAAACACCGUUUGUUUGUAAAAUAUGCCAAGCUACGUUUGAUUAUCGAAGAGAUGUUGUUCAUCACAGGAAUGAGAUACAUAGACGAAAAUCUGAUGGGAUGUUUGAAUGUCAGAAAUGUGGUAAAGUAGCUUAUGAGUUUCAUAAUUUUAUGACUCACAUGAAGAUUCACCUCAAGCCAGAAAAUGCAAGUGAUACAAUGUCAGUUGAACGAAAGAAAUUAAAAAAGAAAUCGGAAAAUUCACAGGCUUUUAUUUGUGAAUUAUGUGGCAAGACUUUUAAAAGAUCAGAUUCGUUGAAAACUCACAGAAUGUUUGUUCAUCUAGCUGAUGGUGGAGCUCUAGCUGCUAAGUUCAAAAUGCAACUUCAGGAGAAAAAUUAUAUUUGUGAUGCCUGUGGACGCCGUUUUGCAUUUCGCUGUUUAUUGCGCGACCACCUUAACAUACAUUCUGGCAUGAAACCAUAUCCAUGUUCAGAAUGUGGAAGGGCAUUUGCUCAGAGGGCAUCUCUGAAGCAACACAUAAAGACACAUGGAGAUUAUAAACCUUUUCCGUGCCCAGAGUGUAAUCUCGCAUUUUAUGGACGAGGGGACCUGAAAAAGCACAUGAGAAAGCACACAGGUGAACGUCCAUUUGUGUGUGAAGUGUGCGGUGAAGCUUAUGCCCAAAGUAGCCAUUUGAAUGUUCAUAGACGAUCUCACACUGGGGAAAGACCAUUCAAUUGUGACAUAUGUGGACGAGGAUUUACAAAGAGUAGUGACGUUAUAAGGCAUAGAAGAAUCCAUACUGGUGAAUUACCUUUCUUGUGUCAGGUGUGUGGAAAAGGAUUCAGGCAGUCAGCUCAAUGUGCAAAUCACAUUAAAAAUCACCAUCCUGAAAUAGUGGACCCAUGAACCCUUCUUCACAAUAGCAAAAACUUUAUUUGAUGAUGAUGUAUUAGUCGUCUAUACAUAGAUGAUUUUGUGUAUGAGGAAAUUGUUUGAUUUUGUUGAUUAACUAGAUUGUUACAAAAUA